AACAAGCUGGAUUCAGGAAAGGCAAAUCAUAUACUGAUCAAAUUGCAACUCUACGCAUCGUCGUCGAACAUAGAAUAGAAUGUCAGUCAAACCUCUACCUCAACUUCAUCGACUUCGAAAGGGCCUCUAACAGACAGCGUUGACCGAGAAGUAAUUUGGAAACUACUUCAACACUACGGUGUACAGUGCCCAAGUCUUUGUCAAUCUUAUUCAACAGCUGGCUAUGACAAUACCACAUGUGAGAUUAUUCCACAACGGAAAACUCAGCGAGACAUUCGAAGUAAAUACAGGAGUAAGACAAGGCUGUCUGCCUAUUAUCAACGAUGAUAUUCUUAAUUGUAGUGGACUGGAUUAUUCGUCAGACUGUUGGGGGCGAGGAGUCAGGAACACGCUGGACAACCGAUAGAUAAGAAGACUCUAGAAGAUCUGGAUUUCACGUGUGGAUGAUAUGUGUCUAAUGUCACACAAAGUCGAAGAGUUGCGCGUGAAAACCAACGGACUGGCUGAAGAGGCUGUCAGCGAAAACAGGACUUUGAGUGAACACAGAGAAGACGGAGGUGAUGAAGAUAACCAACCAACCAACUAACAGCAACAACAACCAGCACCAAUCACCAUCAACGGGAGAGAUUUAACAGAGGUUGCGUCCUUCCUAUAUCUGAAAAGCAUCGUUUCGACUACAGGUGGAACGGCUGAUGUCAAAGUCAGAAUAGGAAAGGCAAAAAACUUGAAACCAGUUCGGAAAUCUUCCGCACUUGGCAUAAGGAACAAGAUUCGCAUUUUCCACACCAAUGUGAAGUCGGUUCCUCUAUAUGGGUCGGAAACUUGCACUGCGUAUCAGCCAGAAAAAGGAUUUCCAACAGUUUGCAGACUUUCAUCAACAGCGUUCCGCUUUGCCGGCUCCAUACUGAAGACUGACUGGCUAGAAAGAAUAAGCAACAAGAAACUAUGUGGACAAACCAAAAGGUGAGCGCCGAUCGCUCAACAAAUAUGUAGGAGAAAGUGGAGAUGGAUCGGGCAUACAUUGAGGAGACCGCCGAAUGACAUUGCACGCCAAACCCUUGAGUGUAAUCCCAUUGGGGGAAGCGGUGAGUGGGUCGUCCUAGAGUGACAUGGAGGAGAUCGUAUGAUGAAGAGAUGAGAGAGUUUGGGCAAUCGUGGAUCCACCUGAAGAGAACGGCAGAAGAAAGUGGAAAUGUGUUUUUGAAGCCCUAUGUUCCACCCGGAACACUUUUUAGUCGUAGAAACAUUUCUUAUUCUGUUUAUUCCAUACAGAGAUGAAGUUUGUUAUCAUCUGUUGUCAUAUUCAGAUUUACGAAUCUACUUUCCGUCACUGAAUAUUAUUUAUCUGGAUUACAAUUUUAGCAAUCAUCAUACUGUCGCCUAAACUCCCCUGUGCUUAACCUUACUUUGUUAAGGUUUUAAGCGUAUUUAUCUUUAUACACGUUAAAAAUUAAUUUAUUUGCUGGUCGUGUGAAGUCAGUUUCAUCUUUGUGUGGUUGAUCAAAGUCUUGCUUCCAACCGCAUUACGGUAUACUUUACUUAUUGACCAUAUGUUCAAUAUUAACUGUCAUUCACCAUUGAACGACAAAGAGUGGGGCUUUUCACAUAUAGAUUUUGCAUUAUUUCUGGAAAAUUAUCGCAGUUGUGUAUUGGUUACUUCACUUUCUCAGCGUAAAUAUUAGUGAAAAUUGGCCUAUUGGGUGUAGAUUAAUGAUGUUAACUUGAGCUGCUGUUGCACAAGUCUGUUGAAAACUAUCGUCGGCGACAUCGCAUAUUUACACCUCCACAGUUUGACACGGUUUCGACUCGUAUGAAUGCACCUAAAUGUUUGACUGAGUUAACAUUCAUUAUCCUGAAGACGUUUAUUUAGUAAAAUUUAACUGAACCGGCUCUUCCUGAACUUCUCUUUGUCCCUGCAAAUUUCUUUUCCAUGUUAACAAAUAUAUUCAUAUUUUUGGUGUCUUAUUAUUCUCCAAUGUUUAUUCACGCAAAUAUAUAGUGCGAAUUAGUUUAUUUUUAGAGAAUAACCAGUUGAAUUUCACUGAUGAAAAAUUUGAAAGAUAGUGAUUCAAUAUGAGGAAACUGGGAAGGGGGAUUUUCGGAGUAAAUAAACAGUGGUCGUACAGUUUGUAUGUUUCCUUGUGAAAUGAUACAACUAUGUAGACUAUUAGUCGUUUGUGUGCAUCAUAUUGUUCUCUAUUUAAUGAUUCCUCUAAUUCAUUGAUAAUGGUCCCGAGCAGUUUUCCAUUUGAUUGUUUGCUUUCACAUAAAGUUAUCUGUUUUAGUUAACAGAAUGCCAGAUUUGAGCGGUAAUAAAAGCUCUACAAAGACUUUGGCACCUACAAAGAGACCUGCCGUAAGGAGUUCAGACAAAACCAGCCAUUCUUCAAGUUCCAGACCACAUGACAACAAAUAUACCCAUUCUAAAGUCUCUCGAAGUCCACCCAGACGGCGUGCUAGACGUAGUCACUCUUCAACAUCCAGUUCUUCAGACUCUGGUUCUUCAUCAUCUGAGUCUGACUCAAGCUCCUCUUCGUCUUCUGGCACAUCUAAUUCCUCCAAAGCUUCAAAGAAGUCUAAUCGUGGUUCAGCAAUGGAUGUAAAGAAUCCUAACGAACGCCCUCAUGUAUCCAGUCAAACAAGUUCUGUUCAGUCAAAAGUAAACGACAAAACAGCGUCUCAUAAAUUACCUGAAUCUUCUGAGUCAAAGAAGAAGCUCAGUUCACAGCCAUCAAAAGAUGAACCUACUAAGUCUGAUUCAAAUGCGAAAUCAAGUUCAACGGAUCAUAUCAAGGUUUCUGACACUUCUGGUGUUGCAGGGUCUGCACUGGCAUCUGCACAAAAAUCUGAUGAAAAGGUGACCGAUACUUCUAAAACCCGGAAUCUUGAUAAAUCUUCACAUAAUCCACCUAAGUCAAACAAGGAGAACACAGUAGAAAAACCCAUUCCAAACAGUGACGGCCCUACUGAAGGUCAGUUCACUCGCAUAUUGGUCGAGAAGUUAACUAAAAAUAUAACAAGAGCCCAUAUUCAAGAAAUAUUUUCUGUAUGGGGUGAAAUUCAUUCUGUUGACCUUCCACCAGAUCGUAUUCAUCCAGAAUUCAAUCGAGGAUAUGGCUAUGUUGAGUAUGUUGAUGCUAAAUCAGCCAAUGAUGCAGUUAAUUUUAUGAAUGGAGGACAAAUAGAUGGACAAGAGGUUAGAGUUUCUGAAGUUUAUUCGCGUCCAUCACAUACAAGCGAUCGUGGAGGCCGAUCGGAUGAACGAACAAGCUAUCACAAAAGGAGACAUGAUUCAUCUAGAUAUGGUCGUGAAAGGUCACGUAAUCGUGAUGAGCAUUCUUCUAGAGGAUUAAAUGAUUCUACUGAGCACAAUCGCAUUAAAGAAGAUUCUACUAAAAAACAUUCGUCUGGCAAUCAUUCACGGACUCAUGACAGACAAGAUCGUUCGCGGAUGCAUGAACGCAUUGAAGAUCGUGAGCGUAUUAAAGAACGUGAACGUGAACGGCCACGAGGUGGUCGCUCAGAUGGUAUGGACAAACCAAAAACAACAAGACGUGGAAGUAGUGGCAGCCCAUUUGCAAAUCGUACAACUGAUCGCCCUCGCUCUCCUCCUGCUAGUUCUCGUUAUCGUAGACCUAGUCCUCCAGGUGCUCGAACAUCGGCAAAGCGACCUAGGUCUCAAAGUCCUAAACAAAAAGCACAGUUAGGAUCAAGUCGAGAUGUAAAGAAUUCAAAUACUAGCCAUCAUGAUAGAAAAGCCUCAUCCCGUUCAUCAUCCUCGUCUUCUUCUAAUUCAGGAUCAUCAUCUUCCUCAUCAAGUUCUGGUUCUGGUUCUAGCUCAUCUUCAAGUUCGAGUAGUUCUCGUUCUUAA